AUGGCCAACGCUGCCGUCAUGGGUCCGCCACCGUCCCCGAAGGAGCCUCGCCGCUCCGGCAGACGCUCCGUGCCCUCUGGGUCGACCAGCAAGUCUCCCGGUGGAUCGCCCGCCGCCGACUCGGCCCCGAAAGCAAAAGAGAAUGGACAACGGCCACCACUUCCGACACCCAACCUCUCGAACAAGAACAAGCGCGGCAAACAGGAGGAACACGACGAUGCCCUGGAGGAGCGGAAGCACGGUACCAACGGCACCAACGGCAACGGGAAUGCGCGCGCAAAACGGAAAGGCAAGGACAAGGACAAGACACUCGCGACGCUGGACAACUGCGAGAUGUGCGAAGCAUGGCAGCACGGCAGGUGUAUGGGAUUCGGGGAGGAGGGCGAUCUCCCUGAGCACUACUAUUGCGAGCAGUGCCGACCCGAUCUCUACGUUGAGCUUCUGAGGAAACAUGCCAAACGAGCCCGCCAGGCGUCAAACCACUCAUUGCACACCGUCGGUGGGCACGGCUCUCGCACGUCGCGCUCACGAUCCCCAGCGGCACACGCCAAGCAGACGAAACGACGCAACACGAUGAACAGCCGUGACGCUGCAUACGAAGAAAGCUUCCAAGCACUGCUCGAGGCUACGGCAGCUGAGGCCGCUGCGAAGGAACAGGAGGCCCUCGCCACAGAGAACGCUCCCAAUGGCAUAGACGCCGAGGUCAACGGCCACGAUGAACAGGAGGCAGACGAUGUUGCUGUGAGCAGUCGGCGGAAACGGAAGCGAUCAGACGACGAAGCGGUGACGACCAAGCGGGCACGAUCCGCGUCUAUCUCGUCCGAUCGCACUGCGGUGGCGAGUGUGAAGAUGGCCCGGGAACCGACACCCAUCAGUAACAAUGCGAAGAACAACACAGCACCAAUUCUAGUGAACAAGACAGGUUCGCGCAACAAGCGGGGAGGAGGUCGCAAGCUGCAGGCGCUGGACCUCGUCUCGGUCGACGGGGAGGAAGGUCCGUGUCCGCGCGGAAGGGGUGACCGCCGGGCCCUCCAGCUCGCACGCCAAUACACAGCUGCCUCGCGUGCAUAUCAUCACUCGCAUGCGUAUGCCGUCUCUCAGCAGCCUCUAUUCACUUCAUGGGGCCUCCCCGACUACCUUGCUCACCUCGAACUUAUGCUGCCUACUGACGUACCCCAACCACUGGAGGUGCGCGGAUCGGGCAUCGACUCGACCGGGAGAGAGUCUCUGGAACGUAAUACGGAGCGAGGAGUGAAGGUGAAGUGGCCGGGCAAGCGCAUGAGCGUGAGCGAUAUGAACAAGCGGGUUAGAGCUUUGGUGGAGUGGGUAGGGAGGGAGCAGGCGAGUGCGCUCGAGCGUGGUAGGCGGCGAGACGCCAUCGAGAAGGCCUUGCGAGAGGUCCGGCAGACGAACGGAGAUAUUCAUCCGGGAGCGGUCGAAAAUCAACAUCCGUCUAUAGAAAACGGCGAUGCGAUAGCUGCCGAUGGACCUGCCAUGGAAUCUCCGGUGCAGGAGAAACCAUUAACACUACUCGACACAUCAUCUCCCGUGUCGCAGUUUCCGACACCAUCUGAAUCUGCGUCGACGAUGAAGAUGAUGGAGGAGCUCAUGGAGGAGCUGAUUAAUUUCCAAGAACGGUUUGGUCCGGGCGCGAAGAUGAAGGAGCGAGAGCGGAGAAUUGUUUCGUCAUGACCGUCCAUUUGCUUGCUAGUCACUUCUGCUGCUUCCUUUUACCUUACUCCUGGCUAUCGGUGUUGGAUACGUACUCAUUAUUGUGUAUUGCUGCUGUCGCCUUGUUACGCUACUGUUGUAUACUUAUCUCUAAUGCUCUGAACAGUGUUCCGGCAUACUAUCAUCAUCUUUGUCAGACGUCGUCCAACGAGACGGUCAGAUCUCACGUACGCCAAUGUCUCAAACGAAAUAUCGCGAGUCAUCUGGCAUCAAUCUCAGCACUACUGUCCGGUUCUAUUCCGGCCAGAAUGAACUUGGAACU